AAACAUGAGGAGAAGUUCCAGCUGCUGGAUUUACUGGAAGCUGUAAGACAGAGCUGAUGGAUGAGGGGAAGAGAGAUAAGGAUGCUGUUCCCAUAAAACGAGUGCACGCUCCAAUCACGUUCACUUCUGGAUGAGGUUCUGCCUGGAGGGAUGCUGGAGAAAAGACCAGAGAGUAAUAAUACUGGGUGUAUCUAGACCUUGUAUCUGGGUUUGCUGAGCUCACUGGAGGAAUUGUGUUGUGAUCUGCACAGAUUGCGAGUACUGCCUCUCUAUGGAUCACUCCAGCUUCUGUCCCAUUUUGCUCUUCAUCUUGGCUUUAGUCUCAGUCACUUCAGGCUGCUUUUGUGAUCAUUACCCAUGGAGCUCAUGGACUUUCUGCACCAAAACUUGUGGUCAGGGGUCCCAACAACGUUCAAGGAAUGUGCGAUAUGACGAUCACUGGAAAAAAAAUAACUGUGCGACUCUGUGUAAGACACACGAGAGCAGGAUGUGCGCUGUUGAGGAAUGUCCAAUAAACUGCCAGCUAACGGACUUCGGGCCGUGGUCCGAGUGCUCACCGUGUGCCAAAAAAAUGUUCAGGGUCAGGUCAGUCCUGACGCCGGCUCAGUUCGGGGGGCAGGACUGCACCCAGUCUCUGAUGGAGGACCGGCCGUGCCACCCAGCCAAGAAAUGCCAGAUUGAAGCAGUUAACUGCAAGGACAAGUUCACCUGUGACAACGGCAGGUGUAUUAAAGCUGUUCUUGAGUGCAAUGGUCAGAACGACUGCUUGGAUAACUCUGACGAGAAGAACUGUGGUAAUAUUAAGCGAGUGUGUGCGACGGACAGACAGUAUGCUGGACUUCCUGGAGCUGAUCUGAUUGGAAACGGAUUUGAUGCGGCUGCAGAGCAGAUGAGGGGCGCAGUUCUGGACAAUUCCUUCAUGGGGGACGAAUGCAAUCUAAACCGCAGCAAAUCAAACAGGAGGAUAUUCUUCAGAAGACCAGCCAACAUCGAGAACUAUGAGAUCAACGUGGAGGUAAUUGAGGAUAUUAAAGAAAACCCCCCAGUGAAAACUGAACAGAUCUCUCUGGGCUCAACAAGCUCGAGUCAUGGAUACAACCAGCAACAAGGUUACGACGUUUCUGUGCCCAUCUUUUACCGGAAUUUACAGCAGUCUCACGGUUCCGGAUCCUUCAGCGAACAGAUCAAAUCAUUUCAAAAAAAGGAUUCUCGAUAUUUCAGGGCACACCAGGUUAUAGCCACAGCAACGUUCAGAACCAAAUCCUCUGACCUGUAUUUAUCAGCUCCGUUCCUGGAGUUCCUCAACAGUCUUCCUCUGGAGUAUAACUACCCCCUCUACAGGCAGAUCUUUCAGCUGUUUGGGACGCAUUAUUUCGCCUCUGGGACUCUGGGAGGACAGUAUGAUCUGCUUUAUCAGUAUGACCAUGAAACGCUCACCACUCAGGGUGUGACAGAAGAGGAGGCCAGAAACUGCAUAAAAGAAGAGUUUUCCCUCUUCGUCUUCGUUUACGCUACAUCCUCAAAUAGCAACAGAUGUGGAACCAACAAAAAGACCACCUCAUACCAGGGAUCGUUUGUGCAGACGUCUGAGAAAUCUCUCUCCACUGUAAAGGGAGGAAGAUCAGAAUAUGCUGCAGCUCUGGCCUGGGAGAAGAGUGGAGCUCCUCCAGACAGCACUGUGUACAAAGACUGGAUCAAAUCUACUAUAGACAACCCAACUGUCAUAAAUUACCAGCUGUCUCCUCUGGUGGAUCUGGUGCGAGGUUUUCCCUGCGCUGUGACGAAGAGGCGGCACAUGGCGAGGGCUCUGGCUGAGUAUCAGGCGUCCUUCGACUCCUGUAAAUGCGCCCCGUGUCCAAAUAACGGCCGGCCUGUACUGUCCGGGACGGAGUGCUUGUGUCUCUGUCAGACUGGAACUUACGGGUCCAACUGUGAGAAACGAGCCAAGGACUACACCUCAGAGGCAGUGGAUGGGCGCUGGAACUGCUGGAGCUCAUGGACUGACUGUGACUCUUCUUUAAAGAGAUACCGAACUCGAUCCUGCAGCAACCCUGCUCCUCAGAGAGGAGGCAAAUCCUGCGAGGGAGAGAACCGUCAGCAGGAGGAAUGCACCAUCUCUAUAUUCCAAGAGCAGAAUGUGUGCAUUAACGAUGAUGACUUCGUAACCGAGGGCGACAGUGAGAGUGAAUUGCCUCCAGGAGCGUCAGGCUGUCCCAAACCAAAGCCUCCGGCUAACAGCUACCUGAGAAUUAAUCAGAGGCAGUAUGAUUAUGGAGCUCAUGAGGAGUUUGUGUGCUUCACUGGAUUCCAGAUGGAGGGCUAUCAGCUCAUCCGCUGUCUGCAGGGCGGCACUUGGCAGGAGCCUAAGGGACGCUGCAUAAAAAAGACAUGUUCCAGACCUACAGUUCCAGAGGAUAUAAACAUAACCCCAGACAAAAAGGAGCACAGCGUCGGACACGAUAUCACGCUGAGAUGCGCAGACACUCGCAAGAAGCUGCAGGGACCUCGCAACUACGUCUGCACCAGUGCACUCACCUGGGACCCACCUAUCCCUCCCAACAUCAACUGCAAUGCUGAUGUGCAGCUCUUUGUACAAGACAGCAGAUGUGAUAAAGGACAGCAGCAUGAUGGCUCCAAAUGUGUCUGUAUUCCUCGAGAGGACUGCAGGAAAUAUAAUGAAGAUUUCUGCGUUUUCGACCCAGCAACUGGCAGCAUGAGGAUGAUGUCCUUCUGUGCUUUUCACGCUGGGCGCUGCCAUGGAGAUAAGCUGUACUUCAUGAACGAUGGGCCGUGUGAGACGAGCGAGGCCAGACUGGACUACGCCAAGUUCAGAGCCAGCAUGUCCGAAAUAAGCUCAGUGCGCGUGCCCUGCGGCUCAGACACCUGUUACGAGUGGGAGGUCUGCCAUCAAAGGACAGAAGGUUCUUCAUGUGGAUGUAUUACAGCCAGAGACUGCCCGAUCAAAGAGAACACCUACUGUCUGAAUCUUCAUUUGCUGCGGCGCACGAAGAAAAUGAGUUUGUGUGGUAUGGGUGCUCUGAAGUGCGGCGGAUUUAAGUUUGAAAUUCUGAAUGAAAGUGAAUGUGAAAGCUCUUAAUUCUGUUCAUAUUCUAAAAUCAGAAUAAUCUGUUUAAUCUAAAACAUGUAGUACCUCCUCCAGAUACUCUGUACUGUAUGCAUAACUCUGUAUUACUAUAUAUUGCAUAUAUUGCAUAGUUUUCAGUUUGUUUGAUCUUUAAAUUACCUUAAAUUACAUAUAUAUGUGUGAAAUGUGUUUGUGGCGUACGAUUAUUUGGUCUAUUAAAGUAUGAUUUGGACAAAGUCUUAGUGACUAAAAUGGUACUGAUUAUAGUACUGAUAGUAUUGUAUUAUUGAUGUUCAGUAAUGAUUUAAAACAAUAUAUAUGGCAUAUUCCCCCAAAUCGGUGCCAUUUCUGUCCCCAGGAAGUUUAAAUUAGUUUAAAAUACAUUUUAUUAUUAGGCAUAGUUUCUCGUACAUUGACCUAAUUGCAAAAGUAAGAUUAUGUCAUUUUAAAAAAAAUAAUAAAAACUACAAAGAUUGUUACCUGUCAAAAAUGAAUGCCAGUAACAGGAUUGAGUUCCAGUAACAGGGCUGAGUAUUGUCCCCUGGUUUAUUGAUUCAUUAACGUGAAUAUUAGUUCAUGUAAACCACGUUUUCCAGUUCUAUUUGGUUCAUUAUUUAUACAUUUGUGUAUUAAAUUACAUGAUAAUAAAUUUUAUCAAUUUCA